AUGCCCCUCCCUCCGUCUCCCCUGAAACUCGCUCACCGCAACCCCUCAAUGAUAGACGAAUCGCCAAUUUCACCAGGAACAGGAGUCAAUGGAUUUGCUCCCCAGAGUCCUCUUGAACCUCAAACCCCGCGGCUUUCCGCACCACCAUCUCCGGUCACUCCGCGCCAAAACCUUCAUACUAUGGCUGGGUCUCAACGUGAAUCGGUCGACUUCUCCGCUGAUGCAGGUGGUGGCGGCCUAGGAAAUCUUGCCGAUGAAUUGGCAGAUGCCUGGGAACAAGAGGACGAGGGCUAUGGCUAUGCGUCAGGGCAGGAGACAGGUGCCGCGGAGUCCCAACCAAUGGAUCACAGUGAUGGUGAAGAUGCAUACAUGCAAUCUGUACGCGAUAUGCGCACCCAGUCACCAUCGGCCGAUUCGCCUGCGUCUCAGGAACAGACUCCGACCAAAUCAACUUCGACACCGUCGUGCGGAAUCUCAUUACGACGUCAAAUGGCAGAUAUCGAAAGCCUCGCUCGGAGGGGUAUCGAGAACAAUGGCAGUGAGAGUGAUCAUGUUAUUCAGCGGACAAUUCAGGAGCUGCGAGAUCUGGGUGGACAGAGCGGAAUUGAAAACAGCGCCAUGCGCCUUAUCACCGCUCACACAUCUAUAACUUCGCAUCUCACACAUCAAACCCGCACACUACAAUCUCUCAUCCAUCCGCUCCUCUUCUCCCCUUUCCCGCUCCUAUCCGAGGACGCUAUCGACUCUCUCAUGCCCCUCAUCGACGAAGGCCUGUUGCCAAACCUCCCAUAUCCACUCCCUGAACAAUCACAGUCCCGUCGAGACUCUCGACCAUCGACUCCUCUAACAACUUCCUCCUUCAAUCCACUUGUUUCCUUGCAAGCUCUGAUCUCCCAAACCUCUGAUAUCACCCACUCUCUCCGUGGUCUGAGUGACACACUAUAUGAAUCUCGUCAAUUAACUGCCACCGCGUCCCGGCGACUGCGGUCUGCUCGAGAGCUCGUGGCCGAUCUGCGACGCGAAGAAGAAAGCCGCGAAGAAGGUUCGCGGUGGAUCGAAGUUGGCGAGUGGGAUCGCCGGUUGAAGGACCGUGAGGCCAGUCAAGAGUGCAGAGAUGUCGUCAGCGGCUUUGAGGCCGUAUGUGGCGAAUGGCGUGAGAAGCUUUUUGGAGCUGGUGCCGAAGUGGCAGCAGCUUAA